GUGUUAAUGAAAAUUGAAUUAGUGGAGUUUCCGCACGAUUCCAACAUGACUCUUCAAAAAUUCAGGUAUUUUCCAAAGAAUCUUCAGUUGCAAAAUGUUUAAUUUUUUUUUUGAGAGUGCGAAUUUCGUUAAUAUUAGUUUGCUUUAGUGCGAACAAUGAAAUUAAUUUCGUGGCCGAUGGAUGAGGUAUUGUCGUGCGUAAAAGCUCAAACAUCAAUUUUCUUUUUAUCAGGGCAACAAUGGGAAAAUACAUAGUUUUCUGAUAGGAAAGGUGUGAUUCGAGCCAGCGUUAUUACACUGUGUUUCACCUCGCUAGUCAAUUGAAGUGCUAACACUUGCGCAUACUGGAUGUUUGCUCGCGACGUGGACUUGUGGAUUGAGUUUGUGUUGGGCUUCUGAUAUACUUCAGUCGCACCAUUUGGGCUGCCUGAGGAAGUGCGAGAGGACUAGCUAUUCGCCGAGAUAAGAUAAUGAUAAGAGUGAGCUUUUGCCACCUCGAUACCUUUUCGUGCUCAACUGUGGGUGCACCUAUUCAGUUAGUGUGAAGACAAAGUGUUAAUAUCAGUUGGAUUUAUUGUGUUGCACGACGAAAAAAAAACUUUUUUCUUUUGGUGGAGGAAUUGGAAAAGCAGAUAAAAUGACUGCAAAUUCAAAUAAUCUCAACGUUGGGAUGCGUUGCAUCAAAUACAUGCUGUUUGUCAUCAAUUUUAUGUUUGUCCUCACUUCGGUGCUUUUGAUCACUGUUGGAUUGACCAUUAAAACGAUUUUCAGUGAAUUCGAUACCUUUGUAGAUGAUCACUUUAUGUCAGCACCUACCCUUUUGGUGGCCAUCGGCUUCAUCCUCCUGGCUGUGGCCCUCUUUGGCUGCGUGGGAGCUGCUAAGGAGAGCACCGCCAUGAUCAAUAUUUAUGGCGUUCUUCUGGCUAUUAUCUUCGUUCUUGAAGUUGCUGCAGCAAUUUCAGCCUUUGUUCUUCAGGGUCAGGUCGAGGAUAUGCUCGUGCGAACCAUGUUCAAGUCCCUGGACAAGUACAAUGAUAAUCCAUAUGUUCGGGAUGCUGUAGACUUCAUGCAGUCUGCUCUCGAGUGCUGUGGUGUCCAUGGACGUGAAGAUUGGGAAGGAAUUCUCGCUACUGCAAACCCUGUGAACACAACUGAAAUGUCCAAGGAGAUUGUCCUGCCAGAAUCCUGUUGCGAGAUGCAUUACCAGGGAGAACAUGAGUCAGAGUGUGUCUGGUUUACGGAUGGAUGCUUCAAUCAAAUGAACUUUGUGAUCUCACAGAGCGCAAUGUUGAUUGCAACAGGAGCUACAACUGUUGCUUUCGUUCAGAUUCUUGGAGUUAUUUGUGCAUUCAUGCUGGCCAAGACCAUUCGGAGAACCAAGACACAGAGGGCUCUCAGACAGUGGCAACUUCAACAGAGCUUGGGUAUCUACAACAAACCCAUCAACCACUACAACCCGCCUUACGUCCAGCUCAAUAACUCUGAGAAAACUAAAAAGGAUCCAGAUGCCCAGGACUUUAUCUACCAGCCCAACAGUCCCAGUGUAAAUUGAGGCCUUGAAUUCUGAGGGAGAUUCCUGCAAGGGGAAGGUUGAUUGCAACAACAAACAUCCGUUCUGAGAUUGCUGUUAAAUUCUGUUAUCUACACAUACACAAAUUCAAUCAGUGUAAUGCAAAAUUCUGUGAAUAAUAUUGGAAUAAAUAUAUUGGAGGCUAGUCUACCAAA